UCAUUCAGUAGCACCAAUAAAAGGGGCCUUCCCGCUGCACAUUCUUUUCUUAUUAUCCGAGUUCGGAGACGCGGUUGCAGGGAAGAAGGAAGGCGAUAGAUGACGAUGAAGGUUAGCCCGCGGGUCAGCGUUCACGUUUGCUUGUGCAACACUAGACAUGGGAAGGAGGGCUGCCCGCAGUACAUUAAAAGAGAGGGCCUCACUCACCUCAGCACCACCGCCGCUGCCUAUCCUCCACACAAAAUGAAGCCGGAGCAGCAAGGCGCCCACGCCAAGAUGUCGACGUCCUUCUCCCCGCUGGUCGGGCUGCGGGCCGUCGUGAGCUUCCUCUUCGGCCUCUUCAUCCUCGCCAGCACCGCCUCCCUGUUGAUGGACCGCGGCAGGGAGUCGCAGGUGCAGCUGGCGGUUGAGCACCGGCACCUGGAAGUGAGGAUCGCAGCGGCCGGGAACCAGGAGUCGCAGGUGCGGUGGACGGGCGAGCUCAUGGGCGAGGCAGCAAGCGGCUCCGGCGAGAAGGAGUGCGACCUGUCCGUGGGGCGGUGGGUGUAUGACAACACCUCCCAGCCGCUCUACUCCGGGCGCAACUGCUCCUUCAUCCUGGACGAGGUGGCCUGCGAGAAGUAUGGCCAGAAUGACACCAAGUACCAGCAUUGGAGAUGGCAGCCCGACGGAUGCGAUCUUCAAAGAUUCAACGCCACAAAACUGCUUGAAAAGCUCAGGAACAAGAGGAUGGUCUUCGUCGGUGACUCAAUCAACAGGAAUCAAUGGUCCUCCCUGGUGUGCAUGGUGGAGUCUUCCAUUCCUGAAGGCCUGAAGAUGCGCGAAUACAAUGGCUCGCUUAUAUCCUUCAAGGCAUUCGAAUACAAUGCAACGAUCGACUUCUACUGGUCGCCGCUGAUACUGGAAUCAAACAGCGACAACCCAAUAAUCCAUCGGGUGGAGUACCGGAUCAUAAGGGCAGAAAAGAUUGAGAAGCAUGCUAGUGCCUGGAGCAAUGCCGACAUUCUUGUUUUCAACUCUUACCUGUGGUGGAGGAAGCAAAGGGAGGAUAUGAGGAUGAAAGUCAUGUAUGGCACAUUUGAGGACGGUGAUGCAAAGCUGGACGAAGUGGAGAUGGUUGAAGGUUUCGAGAUCGCUCUGAAGAAACUAACUGGAUGGCUGGAAGCGAACAUCGCCAACAAGACUAAAAUAUAUUUCGCAGGAUCGUCGCCUACCCAUACCUGGGCAAGCGACUGGGGUGGAGACGACAGUAACAAGUGCCUGAACGAGACGGAACCGAUCCCGGAUGCUGGGUACAAAGGCGCGACCACGGACUACAGCAUGAUGGACAAGGCUGGCAAGAUCUUCAGACCACUGGAGAAGAAAGGCAUCCACGUCCAGAUACUCAACUUCACCCAGCUCUCUGACAACCGCAUCGACGCACACCCGACCAUCUUCCGGCGGCAGUUCGCACCCCUCACGGCCGAGCAGAUCGCCAACCCCAGCAGCUACGCUGACUGCACGCAUUGGUGCCUCCCAGGCGUUCCUGACGUGUGGAAUCUGUUCCUGUACUCGUACCUCGUGCAAAAAUGAUGAUCCACUGUAGAUAUAUAUACGUACAUAACAUGUGUUGUUCAUUUGAUGGUUUC